AUGGCGGUGCGGCUGCUGCUGCUGCGGGUGGGGUUGGGCAGACCCCACGGCAGGGUAGUCCUUCUCCUGAACAAGAUUGUCUUCACCAGACCAGCUGUUUGUGUUGCAACUGACAAGCGCCAUCCUCUGGCAUGUAAAAUCCACACAUGCCCCAGGAAUUUAGCUGGUUCCAAGGCUGCCUCUCUGCACUGGACAAGUGAGCGAGCCGUCAGUGUCCUCCUGCUUAGGCUCCUGCCUGCAGCUUACCUGUAUUCUGGACCAGCCAUGGACUACUCGCUGGCUGCCACUCUCACAUUCCAUGGUCACUGGGGCCUUGGGCAAAUAGUAACUGACUACGUCCAUGGAGAGACAUCUAUUAAACUGGCCAACACUGACCUCUACCUGCUCUCAGCGCUCACCUUUGCUGGCCUCUGCUACUUCAAUUACCACGAUGUGGGCAUCUCUAGGACCGUGGCCAUGCUGUGGAGCCUCUGA